AUGCUCGCCAAGACACUCCUCGCCCUCUUCGCUGCGACUGCCGUCGCGGCUAACCCCGUGGCCCACGACGACCGCGCCGUCUCCAUCGAAGACCGCGCCGUCUCCAUCGAAGACCGCGCCGUCUCCAUCGAAGACCGCGCAGACAUCGAAGGCCGCGCCCUCUGUGCUGGCAACCUCAUCGACGGUCCGCGCAAGCUUUCAAUCGGCGGGACACUUCGCGUCUACUACUCCUCCGCUGGCGGCGGCACAAACUGCGCUUACGUCACCAACGACCUAGGCAAAGAGGUCUUUAUGUACAUUAGUCUGCAGGACACGAGCUCGUCCGCCUUUCGUCUGGACGACGACUAUGGCGACUUUAGCCAGUUCGCCGGGGCGGUCAAACUCGAUGGGAUGGCCAAACACUGUUUCCAAGUUUUGGUGGGUAUCGAUGGUAAAACUUGGAUGUCUCGCAAAGACUGGCACUGUGGUGGCGGCAAGGUUGCUUAG